UUGUAUCCACCUGUCUGCGAUUGUGUGCGUGUUACCAAGAGAUACGACGAAGUUAAAAAGGGAAAAAAAUGUGAAAUUGAAAAAAAGGGAUGAGAAUGUUGAGAAUUCACAACAAAAGAACAAAUGUGGGCUAACAGUGAAAAUAAAGGAUUUUGUGUUCUUUUAGCCAUUCAUUUGUGUGAGAAGUAAAAAGUAAAAAAAACAACAACAAACACUAUGGGAGAAUAGUAGCUGCAGUAGCAAGUGGUGUGCGUAGCGAUGAAAACGGAAAAAGCGCCUUUCUUGUCAAGAAGGAAGUGGAAGUGGAAAGACCGAUACGCCUGAUGAAGACAUUCAUUUUGUCAUUUCGUUACGCUCGGUGGCCCAAGAGCAUAGACAUAACAAAAAUCACAACAAAAUCUUAUCGAGACAAAUAAGUGAAAUUGAAUCCUUAAAACACAGAUAACCAUAAUAACAAGGAAGAAAUCCUAAAACAAGUGCCAAAACAAAAGGAAAUAUGCCAUCGUAGAAUCCAAAGAAAUAACAACAAGAAAGUGUAUACGUAUGAGUUAACGCCCUCCACCACCGACAAAGUGGACCACUUCAAAAUCUGCGAGUUGCUACUUAAACUGGAUUAAUCCACACCUACCUACAGAGUUGGAGAUUUACAUCUGCCCCUAGGUCUAAUUGAUACAAAGCGUCAAAAAGACUGAUGAACUCUUUUCCAUAAAAAAUCCCUCUUAAACGGAGACACAUAUGUAAAGAUCAAUGACAACAACUUAAUAGCUAGACUAGUCCAUAAACUUGAAAAGAAAAACGUGAAAAUUCCAGAUAUUUAAAGGGGACACAGGCGACGUUUAUAUAUUUACACACAGUUUCUUAUUUCAUUAUCAAUAUCAACAUCUUACGGAGAGCAUCAUGACCUUCUAUUGGUGGUCCCAUUGGUUCUGGAUAACAUUAAUUUGUAAUCUCUCUUCCCCUCACAUUAUGGUUGUACACACAUAUCCAAGUCAGGAUUCCGUCAACUCAACAUCACCGGAUAUAUAUCCGCAAACUGAACAAACAAAGAAAUUGGUAACAAAACUCUUUCAGGCUUCUACAACACAGUCAUGGCUAACAGAAUCAAUGACAAUGCUGGGCAGGACCACAGCGAUCACCGAGAAAUCAAUACUCAAAAGUGUGGGCACCACCAGAUCCCCACAUACAACCCCUUCCAAAACUUUUGACUACUAUUAUUAUGAUGAUGACGAUGACGAAAGCGAAAAUCACAAACGUGCGAAACCCUUGGAUGUGGUAGAUGUGGAGGAGGACCUCGAGAGGCGUAAGGUAGUGAAUCAACAUAGUGCAAAUCCCAGUGAAGAAAAACUUAAUGAAAUCAAAAGAUCAGCAGAGAAUUAUUCAAAAGAUGACGACUUUAUUCCUGCUUCGACUACUACAUCGCCACCACCACAAGAAGCAGCUGCAGGGACUUUUGGAAGGAUGAACAAUUACACCAACUUCACCGGACAACUUACGAAUUCCACACAAGAGUUAAGAAAUGGCUCCGUCACAACCUCCACCACCACCUUCCCUCUGAGGGAUAGUUCAGCUACUUUAAUGGCAGCAUCGGCAUCCGUGUUGGCCACAUCGGUGAAUUCGUUGUCGGCCAACAAUGUAACAGCUUUACCCCAUGCCCGACCCUCGACACCGAAAAUUGUCAAAAGCCACAAUACAGCCGAAGACUGGCUAAGAACCAUGGAUGAAAUAAUUGCUGCCGUCUCACCACCAACUGUCAGUGCGACCACCACCACCGAUGUGAGCGAGGAAAAAUUUCCAUUUACUUUGGAAAACGUUCACAAAUCUGAAGAUCUGCGACGUGACGAAAAUGAACCUCGGCGUAGGCAAUCGAAAGGCCUAUCGGCCGACUUUAAACCAGGUUACAUAAACUACACGCCAGAAUCAAAAAAUCUACUGACCAGAUCGGCCUCAACGACCGUCAACGAUUAUGACAGUGAGGAGAGUAAUAUAUCGUCCGAAGCGUUAUCUGUACAGCGCGCUUAUUUCAUGGAUGUCGGUGCAAUAUCAGCAAUCUGUUUUACAGUAUUCGGUAUCUGCUGUACAGUCGGUACCAUUGGCAUAGUUCUCUAUCGUCGUCGAUUCUUAAAUAAGCCACAGGCUUUAAGUGAGCCGGACUCCAGUGUUUAUAUUGACGACAGCACCAUGCGUGUUAGUGAUAAUUCCGAUGAGAUGUAUAGCUUGGAUAAUGAUUCAUUUUUGAAUUCAUUGGAGGCCAUGACAAUACAAAACUAUUGGACGGAUACUGUUAAACAUACAAAGCUUUAAUUCCCAAUAAUUUUAGAAAUGUUCUUAAUUAUUAUAUUUUUGUUAGAUUUUAGUUUAGUUAUAAAUGUUUCUUGUUUACAUACAAUAAAAAAAAAGAAAGAGAAAACCCCAUUCUGUAGAUUAAGAUAUUUAACAAAUAACACUCAUAUACAUACACACACACACACAAUCAAACACUCUCUAAACAUAAUUAUAAGAGAAAACAAAAUCAAAUUAUUAAAAUUAAAUUUUAAUUUAUUUCAUAUAUCCCACACACACACAAACUCAUAUACUCAUGAGAUAUAAACAUUAUAAAUUUAUAUUGAUAAGUAAUUAUUAAUAAACAAUCAUUCCUUCCAAACUUCUUGAAAGGCAUUAUUAAUUAAUUAAUUAAUUAAUUUAAAGAAAUUAUACAACAAUUAUAACAUACAAUACACAAAUGUGAGAACUAAUUGCAAUAGUUAAUGAAUAAAGACAAAUUUAAGAAACCAUUUAAAUAUUAUAAAUAGAAGUGUAAUUAAUUCCAUUCCCAUGAAACUAGCAAUAGAGCAAGAAUAACAAUCAUUUAUAACACAUAACUAAUAAUUCAAUAAAAACGAGAAGAUAAUAAAACAAUAGAACAUGUCAAUCGAAAAAAUA